AUGCACGCCCCUUCGUUCCUCGUUCUCGCCGCCGGCGUUCUGUCCGCCUCGGCUCAGUCCUAUGUCACCUCGACCACGAGUAUCACUGCCUACGUCACCAUCACUCAGUGCAACCCGACCAACACCGCUUGCCCUCUGUACAGCGCAUCCAGCACCUCGAGCUCAACCCCAGUGACCUCGUCUUCUGCCGUUCCCACCACUGAGUCGUCAACCUUCUCAUACCCGACUUUCAACACCACCAGCGCUUACUACCCGACUGCUGGAUACUCCAACGCCACCAGCUCUGCUGCUUCUUCUACCAAGGCUCACUCUUCCACUGUCGCCACCUCUGUGACUAGCGUCAAGGCCACCACUGCGACCAGCGCAACCAGCAGCUCAACCUCUGCCGCCGCCACCAACGGUGCCGUCUCAUCCACUGUCAAGUCCGGCCUUCUCAUGGGAGCCGUGGGAGCCGUCGUUGCCCUGCUGGCAUAA